AAUUACUUGAAUUGCUUGAGUUAGCAACUCGUAACAGGGGAAGACGCAACAAAUUUUAUCAUCGGUGUGCGAUAGUUAAUUCAUCUGUGAGCAUCAUAUUCUUUUGCGACUUAUUCCUGACAAAUCAGAACAUAAGAUGACUACAGAAUUUGACGCUGACACCGUAUCGGCUCCGCGACUGGUUGUAAUGAAGCGUGGCCCAGGAGGUUACGGUUUCAACCUCCAUGGUGAACGAAACGUUCAAGCAGGGCAAACGAUAAGCGCCGUUGACGAUGGCAGCGAGGCCCAGAAAGCUGGCCUUCGAGUCGGUGAUAAAGUAGUCGAGGUGAAUAGUGUGAACGUGGAGAAAAUGUCGCAUAGCGAUGUUGUAAAGAAGAUCAAAAUGAACGACAAAGAAGUGUCUAUGCUUGUGAUCGACCACAUCACUGAGGCGUAUUUGAAACAAGAAGGACGACCCAUCACUGCUGAUAUGUGUAAUCUUAUGACUGUUUAUCAGCCCAAGCAAGCACCGAGCGUACCCGAGGCUCCUCAACAAGUUGCUGCGGUCGAUGAAUCGGUUCCCGAAGUGCAAGAGUCAAACGUAGUGGAAACGACACCUCCGCCCACAAUCGAGGCGAGCGAAAACACCACCGAGGAGGUUAAGAACGAAGUCGACGCCGAUGGAGAAGCCGAUUUGGCGAACGAAGCAACGACACCCGAGGAAGUUAAACAACUUAAUGAGGUUCUGAAGAAUGAAGAAGACGGACCAGCGCCUACGCCAGCUCACAACGGCACUGAUGAUCAUCCGCCAGCACCCGUUCCAGAACCGACUCCGGCUCCUGCGCUAACCCCUGCUCCGGUACAACACGCUCCUUUGCCCAAGCCAACGGCCAAACCUCUUCGGAGCACGAUCAAACAGCAAAAAGCUGAAAGCUGGGAUGAUAAAUACAAGAAAUUCCAGCAACUGUGAUCUGGCGAUUUUCGACGGUGAGUUUCUAAGGCGAAGAAUCCAACGUAACUUGGGAGAGAGUUAUUGGAAAAGUUUCCUGGGUGGAAUCGAAUGCGGUGAUGUAUGUAAACUAGACAGUAUUCAUCUCUUCGUGCGUGGACUUUAGAAACCGCCCUAGGAAAAGCAAAACAGUUUGUCUCUGGAAUAUAUAUAAAUCGAUAUUUUUUGAAAUGAAGUUUGUAGAGCUAGUUUGACAUGAGCACAAAUUUUGUAUUAUCUGGCAUGGCACGAGUUAAGCGAUUGAGGGCAGUAUUCAAAAAAAAAAAAAAGAUGGUUUAUUAUUAAAUGUUCGUGUAGCCUUGUGUAGAUUUUUGCGGUGAGUUCGAGAAGUCAUCGCUUUGUUUAUUGCCGAAAUGUGAUUUCUCCGGUAUCUGUAAUUGUACAGUACAGAUGUUCUCGUCCAUCUUAAAUUCUUGCUGCUUUGAGCUGAGAAGCUUGUUUAUAGCAAAGAUUUAAGGACCACGUCCUAGCAAGAGUAGGCCAUAUCCAUUCUUUAAAAUAUUUGCAAUAAAUAGCUUUUUCCACUCAAUGAA